CGCAGGGCUGGGUUUCCAUUUUCGCUGCGAGUUUCGGGGAAACAACAACAUGGAGCCCGAGAUCGAGGAUAAAACACUGGAGUUAAUGUUACCAACUGCGUUGAAUGCAGUGUCAUUGUUUGUCAAUGACAAGGAUUGUUUGUUCUGUGCCCAGGUCUUUGUGGCUAGGCUGCUCCCACCUGGCAGAGAGCAUGUGUGCACUGAGGUGCCUGCAGAGCAUGCCCAGUGUCCGGUGUCUUCAGAAUACUUCUGUAAUGGAGGCACAGAAUGAAGACGACUCCCCCAAAAAGAGCACAGUGUUCCAGAUCAGUAACGGUCCCUCCUCUGUGAUUGUGUCACGGAAACGGCCCUCGGAGGGGAACUACGAGAAGGAGAAGGACGUCUGCAUCAAAUUUUUCGACCAGUGGUCAGAGUCGGACCAGGUUGAGUUUGUGGAGCACCUCAUCUCCCACAUGUGCCACUACCAGCAUGGACACAUAAACACCUACCUGAAACCCAUGCUGCAGCGGGACUUCAUCACUGCCCUGCCAGCCCAGGGCCUGGAUCACAUUGCAGAGAACAUCCUGUCAUUCUUGGAUGCUCGGUCACUGUGUGCAGCAGAGCUGGUGUGUAAAGAGUGGCAGCGUGUCAUCUCGGAGGGUAUGCUGUGGAAGAAGCUCAUUGAGAGGAUGGUGCGCACUGACCCGCUGUGGAAGGGGCUGUCCGAGAGGCACCAGUGGGAGAAGUACCUUUUCAAAAACAGAACGACUGAGAUCCCACCAAACUCUUACUACAGGUCGCUGUACCCAAAGAUCAUUCAGGAUAUUGAGACGAUCGAAGCAAACUGGCGGUGUGGACGCCACAACCUGCAGCGGAUCCAGUGCCGCUCAGAGAACAGCAAAGGGGUGUACUGCCUGCAGUACGAUGAUGACAAGAUCAUCAGUGGCCUGAGGGAUAACUCCAUCAAGAUCUGGGACAAGCAGACCCUGGAGUGUCUGAAGAUCCUGACAGGCCACACGGGCUCUGUGCUGUGUCUGCAGUAUGAUGAGAGAGUCAUUGUUACAGGCUCCUCAGAUUCCACAGUGCGGGUGUGGGAUGUAAACACUGGGGAGGUUCUCAACACGCUAAUCCACCACAAUGAAGCAGUGCUUCACCUGCGCUUCUGUAACGGGCUGAUGGUGACCUGCUCCAAGGACCGGUCGAUCGCGGUGUGGGACAUGGCUUCCCCAACUGACAUCAGCCUGCGCAGAGUCCUGGUGGGCCACCGUGCGGCAGUCAACGUUGUCGACUUCGAUGACAAAUACAUAGUCUCUGCCUCUGGGGACCGGACCAUAAAGGUGUGGAGCACAAGCACGUGUGAAUUUGUGCGCACUCUGAACGGACACAAGCGCGGCAUUGCAUGUCUUCAGUACCGGGACCGGCUAGUGGUGAGCGGGUCCUCGGACAACACAAUCCGGCUGUGGGACAUUGAGUGUGGUGCCUGUCUACGAGUUCUGGAGGGCCAUGAAGAGCUGGUCCGCUGUAUCCGAUUUGACAACAAGAGGAUAGUCAGCGGAGCCUAUGACGGAAAAAUUAAGGUGUGGGACCUGCAGGCUGCUCUGGAUCCCCGUGCCCCAGCCAGCACUCUUUGUCUGCGCACCCUUGUGGAGCAUUCUGGCCGGGUCUUCAGGCUGCAGUUUGACGAGUUCCAGAUCAUCAGUAGUUCUCAUGACGACACAAUCCUGAUCUGGGACUUCCUCAACGUGGCAUCAAGCAUGGCUCCCAACGGACAGAACGAGGGGCGCUCUCCGUCCCGCACCUAUACCUACAUCUCUAGAUAACAGACUGCAACCCCACCAGGGGGUCCCCCAUCUCUUUGGCUGCUGGAUACCUGGCUGCUCUGGUGGAAGCUAUGGAGGUACUGAAGCCUCAUGUCAUCUCUGCCGAUGGGAAUGUGCAUCCAUCUGUUGCUGGGGGGGUUGAUGGACAGACUUGGACAGCAAAUCACCUCCAUCCUCUCCUCCUUUCCUAUUUUCUUUUCCUUUUAUGGUGACUAUUUGAACUCCAAAUGUUACUCUAUACUCACCCCUCCCUCAAUGAAACCCACCAGUCCCUUCAAAUAAGGACCGGCAUUUCACCUUUUGACCUUGCUAUAUCGCCUUUGCUUUUGUCUUGUGCCUCCUGGAGAGCCCCAAAGUGCUGGACAGACAGAAGGAGCAAAGCGCUUUGUGCUGGGAGGACUGGCUCCUAGUUGCAUUGUUGAGAAAGGACUUGGCUGCCAUCGCGGUGCUUUGCACUCUUUCAGGUGUGGUGAAAGUUUGGAGGGGUGAGCUGUUUGGAAACUGUCUUGAAAUCAGGAUGCCUCCCCAACUGGAAUCAGUUGAAGAGAGAACUGUACCUCCUAUUACCCCUGGAGAGAUGGAUAAAUUCCUUCUUUUUCUUUUUUGUGAAAACUCACCGCCAUCACAGAGGGUGUGCAUGUUGGAUCUGCGAUAACGGGCGUUAUCUGACUUUUUUUUUUUUUCUAAAGUUUCUUUUCCUUUUUUUUUUUUUUUUUUUUAUAUAUAAUAUUGUACUAAUAAGAAAGCAAUGGAGGCACACUCUGCCUGCUUAGAAUUUACAUUUGCUGUGAAUUCAAGCAGAGUUUAGCUGUAAACAAAUGUCUUGUCAAUUGUGUUGUAUAUUGAUUUUUUUUUUUUUUAAUAUUAUUUGAAAAGAAUAAAAUACUUGACUCUGUAUCAUAGCCCAGUAACCCAAUGUAAACGCAUGUAAAUAGACUGACGCUGUGCUAUACCUUUGUCUGGACUUGCCUCUUGGAUCCAUAUAGUAUUCUUAACAGAUUUUAUUCCCAAAGAAGCUGCAUUAGAGCUGUGAAUGUACUGUGCUGAUUCUUUCAAAGCAAGGUAUUUAACCCUGUGUUGUGUGCUGUGGAACAAACCACAGAAUCAGUCUAAACCCAAAUUAAAUCUUUCUAGAUGAAGUAUCUAGUAUGCUGCACAAGAGCAUGUAUUAAUUCAUCUGCUGUAAGAAAAAUGUGCAAAGAAUCUAGGGCUGUAACAAAGGCUACGUUUUGACUUUUUGAAGGUUUGGAGCAUAUUACCGAACAAAGGUUCAAACCUUUGAGGGUACUCAUUUGCAAAAUGCACUGAUGACGUUACCAUAGCUACUAGUUUUAUAAAUGAAAUAAAACAGAAGUAGUUUUAAAAGGUGUCAUUUAUAACAGUAAUGCUAUAAUUUAAAUAAAAAUGCACAUUCUGUGUAC